AUGAAUACACGAUUACCAUCCAAUAACAUGCACAAUGUUCAAAGACCCUUUAAACGAAACCUUAAUCAAAACCUUUAAGAUGCAAAAGACUUCUAUAGUCAUCUCUCUGGAGAUAAUGAAUUUCAAAAAGAAUGGAAAAAAGUUGAAUGUAUGAUUAAAUUUUUAAAUUAUAUAGAUCAUAAUCCAAAAGAUCUGAGUUGGACUUAGUUUUGA